AUGCAGAUCUUCGUGAAGACCUUGACUGGUAAGACCAUCACCCUGGAGGUGGAGCCCAGUGACACCAUCGAGAACGUCAAGGGGAAGAUCCAAGAAAAAGAGGGCAUCCCCCCAGACCAGCAGAGGCUGAUCUUUGCCGGGAAACAGCUGGAAGAUGGGCGCACCCUGUCUGACUACAACAUCCAGAAAGAGUCCACUCUGCACCUGGUCCUUCGCCUCAGAGGUGGGAUGCAGAUCUUCGUGAAGACCCUGACCGGCAAGACCAUCACCCUGGAGGUGGAGCCCAGUGACACCAUCGAGAACGUGAAGGCCAAGAUCCAGGAUAAGGAAGGCAUCCCCCCAGACCAGCAGAGGCUCAUCUUUGCAGGCAAACAGCUGGAAGAUGGGCGCACUCUCUCUGAUUACAACAUCCAGAAAGAGUCGACCCUGCACCUGGUCCUCCGUCUGAGGGGUGGUAUGCAGAUCUUCGUGAAGACCCUGACCGGCAAGACCAUCACCUUGGAGGUGGAGCCCAGUGACACCAUCGAGAACGUGAAGGCCAAGAUCCAGGAUAAAGAAGGCAUCCCCCCAGACCAGCAGAGGCUGAUCUUUGCAGGCAAACAGCUGGAAGAUGGGCGCACUCUCUCUGAUUACAACAUCCAGAAAGAGUCGACCCUGCACCUGGUCCUCCGUCUGAGGGGUGGUAUGCAGAUCUUCGUGAAGACCCUGACGGGCAAGACCAUCACCUUGGAGGUGGAGCCCAGUGACACCAUCGAGAACGUGAAGGCCAAGAUCCAGGAUAAGGAAGGCAUCCCCCCAGACCAGCAGAGGCUGAUCUUUGCAGGCAAACAGCUGGAAGAUGGGCGCACUCUCUCUGAUUACAACAUCCAGAAAGAGUCGACCCUGCACCUGGUCCUCCGUCUGAGGGGUGGUAUGCAGAUCUUCGUGAAGACCCUGACCGGCAAGACCAUCACCCUGGAGGUGGAGCCCAGUGACACCAUCGAGAACGUGAAGGCCAAGAUCCAGGAUAAGGAAGGCAUCCCCCCAGACCAGCAGAGGCUGAUCUUUGCCGGGAAACAGCUGGAAGAUGGCCGCACUCUUUCUGAUUACAACAUCCAGAAAGAGUCGACCCUGCACCUGGUCCUCCGUCUGAGGGGUGGUAUGCAGAUCUUCGUGAAGACCUUGACUGGCAAGACCAUCACCUUGGAGGUGGAGCCCAGUGACACCAUCGAGAAUGUCAAGGCGAAGAUCCAGGACAAGGAGGGCAUCCCCCCAGACCAGCAGAGGUUGAUCUUUGCCGGGAAACAGCUGGAAGAUGGGCGCACCCUGUCUGACUACAACAUCCAGAAAGAAUCCACUCUGCACCUGGUCCUGCGCUUAAGGGGAGGUGUCUAAGUUCUCCCUUUUAAGCUUUCGACAAGUUUCAUUGCACUUUUCUUUCAAUAAAGUUGUUGGUAUUCUCAAA